UCCACCGCUCCCUCAGGAGGUGACCGCUGAGGAACACCACAAGCUGCUCAUGUGCUUCCAGGAAGUAGAAACGUUGAAUCCUGCAACCAUUUACAGCAGGAAAUACAACAAACACCAAUAUUCCUCCAUCAGUUUAAGAUGUAAACAAAAAUAAAAUCCUUUAAUUUAGGUCAUUUUCUAAUUAGCUCAACUUUUGAUGUUUUUUACCUGAUUCUAGAUUAACUUUAAAUAUUUAAAAUCUCUGAAGAUGAUAAUUAUUUCAAUGGUUUUCUGGUCAGUUUCUCCUUCUCUAACCAGUAUGGAGGUACAUUGAUAUGUUGCUGCAACUGGCUGAGCCUGAUUUCUUAUGACGGAUGGUGUGGCGGAGGACUCCAGAAUGCACAAUGAAAGCAAUAUGAACUGAAAACAUCCACAUGAAAACAAACCUAAACAACUACAGCACCACCUGAAAAACAAUAAAAAGAAAGAGAUUUCAAAACUCAACAGUGAGAACAAAAAUGAGAAAAACCAAACACCUUUAAAUCAUAACAUUUCUAGAUCAUAGAACAGAGUUUUUAAAAGCUUGCUUUGCCUUCAUUCCUGAUAUGGCGUUUUUUUAUUCAAAAUAAACUUGGUUAAUUAGAAAGAAAAUCAUCAAUAUGGUCAUUUUACUAAGACUUCACUGGAAGUAAACCUUAAAAUGUCAAAUGUGUGACUGUCUGGCCAACAAUGUUAAUAAAAACAAAAACCUUUGCAGGAAAGACUUUCAAUGAAGCCACUAAUUGAAUAUUUUCGUCUCCAGGACUUAAAUCACUGGGCGGAAAAUCUGUGUUGGUGGAGAUUAUUCUGCCCUCUGCUGGUCAACAGAUGAACUGCAGGAAGUCAGAUAGAAGUAAUAUUCUGUCAUGAGGGCCUACGUCAUCACGUAAAAUAUGUUUUAUUCAAUGUUUUGUUUAUCUGUUUAUUAUAUAGAAUAAAUCAGGAAAUUAUUUGUUUCUUAAGUUUAUUCAAAUUAUAAAAUCAAGUAAAAAUCUGUUCACUGCAAAUUAAAAUUAAAAACAUAUUGAAACAAAAGCAGAGAUAAAACCUAAGGUGGGGUUAAAUUAGAAUUAUAGUCAUGAGAGAAAGUAUUCACACCCUUACUGAUUUCAUCUGUUUUUGUCUUUUUGUUCCAGUUAAAUGUUUCAGAUCAUCAAACUAAACUUAAUAUCAAAGAUAACCUGAUUAAAUACAAAAAUUCAGAAUUCCUCAAACAGAAAGAGUUCUGGGUUUUGGUGCCGUCAGAAACCAGAGAGAACAGAACUUUCUUUGGUGUUCAGAUUGGCAGCAGGAAGCUGCUGCAGGUUAAUUAUUGAAAAUGUUGAAGUCAUAUAAAGUUACAGCAGCUGAUCUUUGACCUGAGCUGAACUUUAAGACUGAUUUCAGAGUGAAAGCAGCUUUCAGACUCAGAGGACCGAUGAAGGAGAAGAAGUCCAGGAGUUUCUCUUCUUCUACACAGACCUGGUCCAGACAGCAGAGAGCUGCAGAGUGAAGAAGUUCAUGAGAAGAAGCUGAAUGAAGGUAGAAGGUGUGAACUGAGCAGCAUGGAUCAGUGUGAGGACAGAGAGGACAGAGUCCCUCCCUCUAAAACCACUCUGUGUGGAGAACAUGAGGACCAGAGCAAAGUUCAGAGGAAACGAUCAGAACCAGAACCUGGACCUGAACCCAGCUGUGUGUCCUUAAAGAGCAACAUGUCAAAGGAUCAUAUUAUUAAUUUUAAAUCAGAUCAACGUUCAGCUGCAAACAGGAUCCAACAGACCCUCAAACCAGAACCAGAACCAGAACCCAGCUGUGUGUCCUUAAAGAGCGAUGCUUCAAAGGGUCAUGGUUUUUUUUUUAAAUCAAAGCAACCUUCAGCUGCAAAGAGAGUGGACCAGCAGAACUCAGAGGUUCCCAGUGGUCCGUCUGCCCAGCAGCAUCAAACACAUCUGGACUCCAUAUUUAUGCUGCUGGAGGACAACAUUGUUACUUUUGUGAAGAACGAGCUGAAGAACAUCCAGAAGGUUCUGAGUCCAGAUGACCCAGAAGGCUUAGAGAGUCAGUGGGGGGAUGAAGAGGUGUUGGAAGGUGAGGAUGAAGAGAAGAGGAGGAGCAACAGAGAGGCUUUUGUGAAGAUCACACUGAACUUCCUGAAGAAGAUGAAGCAGGAGGAGCUGGCUGAACGUCUGCAGAACAAACAUGUUGCUUCAGUUUGUCAACAUAACCUUAAAUCUGGUCUGAAGAAGAGGUUCCAGUGUGUGUUUGAGGGGAUCGCUAAAGCAGGAAGUCCAACCCUUCUGAACCAGAUCUACACAGAGCUCUACAUCACAGAGGGAGGGACUGGAGAGGUCAAUGAUGAACAUGAGGUCAGACAGAUUGAAACAGCAUCCAGGAAACCACACAGACCAGAAACAACCAUCAGACAAGAAGACAUCUUUAAAGUCCCACCUGGAAGAGAUCAACCAAUCAGAACAGUGAUGACAAAGGGAGUGGCUGGCAUUGGGAAAACAGUCUUAAGCCAGAAGUUCACUCUGGACUGGGCUGAAGACAAAGCCCACCAGAACAUCCAGUUCAUAUUUCCAUUCACCUUCAGAGAGCUGAAUGUGCUGAAAGAGAAAAAGUUCAGCUUGGUGGACCUUGUUCAUCACUUCUUUACUGAAACCAAAGAAAUCUGCAGCUUUGAACACUUCCAGGUUAUGUUCAUCUUUGAUGGUCUGGAUGAGAGUCGACUUCCUCUGGACUUCCACAACAAGGAGAUCCUGACUGAUGUUACAGAGUCCACCUCAGUGGAUGUUCUGCUGACAAACCUCAUCAGGGGGAAACUGCUUCCCUCUGCUCUCCUCUGGAUAACCACACGACCUGCAGCAGCCAAUCAGAUCCCUCCUGAGUGUGUUGGCAUGGUGACAGAGGUCAGAGGGUUCACUGACCCACAGAAGGAGGAGUACUUCAGAAAGAGAUUCAGAGAUGAGGAGCAGGCCAGCAAGAUCAUCUCCCACAUGAAGACAUCAAGAAGCCUCCACAUCAUGUGCCACAUCCCAGUCUUCUGCUGGAUCACUGCUACGGUUCUGGAGGAUGUGUUGAAGACCAGAGAGGGAGGAAAGCUGCCCAACACCCUGACUGAGAUGUUCAUCCACUUCCUGGUUGUUCAGACCAAAGUGAAGAAGGUCAAGUAUGAUGGAGGAUCUGAGACAGAUCCACUCUGGAGUCCAGAGAGCAGGAAGAUGAUUAAGUCUCUGGGAAAACUGUCUUUUGAUCAGCUGCAGAAAGGAAACCUGAUCUUCUAUGAAUCAGACCUGACAGAGUGUGGCAUCGAUAUCAGAGCAGCCUCAGUGUACUCAGGAGUGUUCACACAGAUCUUUAGAGAGGAGAGAGGGCUGUACCAGGACAAGGUGUUCUGCUUCGUCCAUCUGAGUGUUCAGGAGUUUCUGGCUGCUCUUCAUGUCCAUCGGACCUUCAUCAACUCUCGUGUCAAUCUGAUGGAAGACCAAAAAAACAUUUCUGUUGAGUCUAAAUUAUCUAAGAAACCAAAUCUAACAAGUUUCCAUCAGAGAGCUGUGGACAAGGCCUUACAGAGUCCAAAUGGACACCUGGACUUGUUCCUUCGCUUCCUCCUGGGUCUUUCAGUAGAGACCAAUCAGACUCUCCUGCAAGGUCUGCUGACAAAGACAGGAAGUAGCUCACAGACCAAUGAGGGAACAGUUCAGUACAUCAAGAAGAAGUUCAAACAGAACCUGUCUGCAGAGAAAAGCAUCAACCUGUUCCACUGUCUGAAUGAACUGAAUGAUCGUUCUCUGGUCCAGGAGAUCCAACAGUCUCUGAGUUCAGGAAGUCUCUCCACAGAUAAACUGUCUCCUGCUCAGUGGUCAGCUCUGGUCUUCAUCUUACUGUCAUCAGGAGAAGAUCUGGAUGUGUUUGACCUGGAGAAAUACUCUGCUUCAGAGGAGGCUCUUCUCAGGCUGCUGCCAGUGGUCAAAGCUUCAAACAAAGUUCUAUUGAAGAACUGUAACCUCUCAGAGAGAAGCUGUGAAGUUCUGGCCUCAGUUCUCAGCUCCCAGUUCUCUAAUCUGAGAGAGAUGGACCUGAGUAACAACAAGCUGCAGGAUUCUGGAGUGGAGCUGAUGUCUUCUGGACUGAAGAGUCCAAACUGCAAACUGGAAACUCUCAGAUUGAAGAACUGUAACCUCUCAAAGAGAAGCUGUGAAGUUCUGGCCUCAGUUCUUAGCUCCCAGUCCUCUAAUCUGAGAGAGAUGAACCUGAGUAACAACAAGCUGCAGGAUUCUGGAGUGGAGCUGCUAUCUUCUGGACUGAAGAGUCCAAACUGCAAACUGGAAACUCUCAGACUUAGAUCCUGUAACCUCUCAGGGAGAACUUGUGAAGUUCUGUCAUCAGUUCUUAGCUCCCAGUCCUGCUGUCUGAGAGAAGUUGACCUGCAGAACAACAACCUACAAGAUUCAGGGGAGAAGUUGCCGUCUGGUUCAGACUGUACACUGGAAAUAUUCAGGAAGCCUGAUGGAGUCCGAUGGUUGAAAGAUCUGAGGAAGUAUUCCUGUCAGCUCACAAUCGACACAAACACAGUGAACAGAAACCUCCAACUGUCUGAAGACAACAGGAAGGUGACAUGGAUGAAGAAGCUUCAGUCAUAUCCUGAUCAUCCAGACAGAUUUGAUGAUUACUGUCCUCAGCUGCUGUGUAGUGAUGGUCUGACUGGUCGCUGUUACUGGGAGGUCGAGUGGAGAGGAGAUGUUUAUAUAUCAGUGAGUUACAGAAGAAUCAGGAGGAAAGGAAACAGUAUAGACUGUUUGUUUGGAUUUAAUGAUCAUUCCUGGAGUCUGAGAUGUUAUGAUGGUGGUUAUUCUGUCUAUCACAAUAAAGAAGUUACAUCCAUCUCCUCCUCCUCCUCCUCUUCCUCCUCCUCCUCCUCCUCCUCCUCCUCCUCCUCCUCCUCCUCCUCCUCCUCCUCCUCCUCCUCCUCCUCCUCCUCCUCCAUCUCUAACAGAGUAGCAGUGUAUGUGGACUGUCCUGCUGGUAUUCUGUCCUUCUACAGAGUCUCCUCUGACUCACUGAUCCACCUCCACACCUUCAACACCACAUUCACUCAGAUCUUUUACCCUGGAUUUGGGUUCAGGUCAUUUGGUUCCUCAGUAGGUCUUCCUGAAGACUGAGGUCUCCACUAGCUGCUGCUCUACCUUCAUACGUUCUCUGUAAGCUCCUCAUAUUAGGUCACUCCAGGUGUGUGUGUGUGGUGAUUUAUUGGACCUUGGACCUGAUGUUUGAACCAGUUUAACACUCAUAUCCUUCUCCAUUUACUGUGAAGAACCACUCUGUCCUGUCGGUCCAUUUGGACUGGGUCUACAUAUGGACCUCUUGUGAGUCAUUGUUCAGGUUGUAUCAGUGAUAUCUUCAUGUCUGAAUGAAAUGUUGUGAACAUCUUCUAUUAUGACCUCAUGUAUUUGCUGCUGCUGUUUGGAGAAGGUCAGUUUGGACCUGUUCUGAUGGCAGGACUGUGGUGUAGUUCCCUAACUCAGCAUCUAACCGGAGCUCUCUCUGCGAUCAGCACCUUAGAAAACCGGACUUUUAUUCAAAUCGUCGUUACAGAACCAUCCUGUAGGUCCUACAGGUGAAGACAGUGUUAGAUCAGCUCUAAUCACCUCUGAUUGGCCCAGAAGAUACCACUGUUGAACAGGUAUCUCAAGCUCUACGUGUGCAUUAAAAGCAGGUCCUUUUAUUCUGAAAGUAUCAACCAUGUCUCAGCACACAGAACACGAUGGCUUAAGGUUCUGUACGGUAGAACUCCAUCUGGAGCACUUUAAGGCCUUCAAGUUCUUACAGUGAGCUGAACCAGCAGAAACCAUCUGGAGUUAAACAUCUGGGUUGGUUCCAGUAAAAACACGACAUUAAAAUAAUGACUCUAAAGUCCAGAGCAUGGCAGCAGAACAUCUAGAUGUCCAGUCAGUCUGUUCGGUCCAUUCAAGUUUUCCUGAUGAGCUCCCUGCUGGUCACCAUUGAAGAGCAGUUCACCACCAGAGGGAACGAAGACUCCAGACUAGAGGGUGAGACAGGAGUGGAUUUUCUCUCCUGUCUCAUCCCAAACCCA